GAAAAGAAAAAGUUGGGUUUGUGUUUGUGUGUUGAGCAUAAUGACAAGAUUACCCCUGUUGAAAUUCCUUCCUGGGGGGUUCUAAAAAAUCCCCAUCAUAUGUUCUCUUCACCGUUCCACAUUUUUGCGUACCUAAUUUAUCUGACGCCUCCUUCUCCCAAACUCCCUUUCCGAUCAUCUCUCUCGCCCUAAUUCCGACCACUUCAUGGCCCCUCCUAUGAUCCAUCUCCUCUUCGCUUUUCUCUUCCUCUCCUCAACCAUCGCAACCUCCGAUGUUCCCUUCAUUGUCGCCCACAAGAAGGCCUCCCUCACCCGCCUCAAAUCCGGCGCCGAACGCGUCUCUGUCUCAAUCGACAUUUACAAUCAGGGAUCUUCGACCGCAUAUGAUGUAAGUCUGAAUGAUGCAAGCUGGCCAGGAGAUAUGUUUGAUAUUGUGAGUGGUGAGACCUCCAACUCGUGGGAAAGACUUGAUGCUGGUGGCCAUGUGUCUCAUUCAUUUGAAUUGGAAGCAAAAUCAAGAGGAAUGUUUCAUGGUUCACCUGCUGUUAUCACAUUCCGUGUCCCUACGAAGUCUGCUUUACAGGAGGCCUUAUCAACCCCAAUUCUACCUUUGGAUGUCCUCGCUGACAGGCCACCAGAGAAGAAGUUUGAGUGGGUUAAGAGACUGCUCGCAAAGUACGGCUCUCUGAUCUCAGUGGUCUCCAUCAUCGUUCUCUUCAUCUAUCUUGUGGCUAGCCCAUCAAAAUCUGCUGCAAAAGGAAGCAAGAAGAAGCGUUAAUUGAAGAGUGGGAAGAAGAAAAAUAGGUAUAACUGUGUGUUACCCAAAAUUUGAGAGGAUGAUAUGUUUGGCUGAUGAUAAUAUUUUGUUGGGUUAGGAAAGGUACAGAAACUUUUUGAGUUGAUAGAUUUUCUUUGACCCCUAAUGAAGUAGAGCCGGAGGAAACAGAGUUUAAUUAUAGACAUCCACGAGAGUCGGUUAAAAGUUAAAAACAAAUGGUGCCAGUAGUUGAGUUGUUUGUUUUUCUUUUUCUUUUAAAAAGUUAUAUUUCGGAUUUGUCCAUCGUAUUACUGAGUUGUUUCUUCUUUCUUAGCCAUGAAUCUCUUCUUCAUUUUCUUU